GCUUUCUUUUUGCUACUGGUGCGCGUUGGCCUGCAGGGGUGGGAAAAUCGCUAUCACAUCAACCAACCAACCGCACACACUCACAGCUAGUCUCCACCAUCCACGCACAACCAAAACAUUCCCGUGUGCGGGGCAACACACAACCAUUACUUUUUAGAUCGAUGGCUACAGUGUGAUUUUUCCCAGUAAAGAAGCCUGUUGGAUAAGAACGUGUGUGUUUGUGAAUAGGCAUUACAUUGCAACAACAACAUUCCAACAACAACAACAGAGAUUGGUGAUAAUUGGGCUGGUAUAGAAGGGUUUUCCGAAAAACGUGAACUGCAGCGGUGGCACGGUGGCGCACCAGAUGGGUAAUUAGUAUUAACGGGGCGCGGUGCACGAAACUCGCGCGAUAACACGCCUCCGGCAACGAUAAGGUUGUUGAACGAGAUUAAUCUAAAUCAACGGUGUGUGUGUGUGUGUGUUCACGCUCGGUCCGGUUGUUGCGUCGCUAUCCUAAUCUGUGUCCUUCCGGUAUGACGAGCGAGCCGUUUUUCCUGGGCGAAGGCUAACAUAUGUUUUGCAAAGCAGACCGACUGGGAAGACCAUUCCAAACCGGGGGGCCGUUGAUGAGUGGCUGAGAAACGAACGUUCAAACAAGAACACGCACAGUAUUGGAACGGCACAAGCACGACACGACGACUGCUGUGAUAGCUGCCAAGCACUUAAUAUCAUUAAUAUUAACCUAGUAAAUGACUAACGCACCGUUCGGGUAUUCUCAUACGGACUACAAUUAUUAGCCACAUCAUUGGUCUGCUUUGAACGAUAAGCAACCUUAAAUAAGCGCGUAAUCCCAGUAGCAGACAGCGGGAAGCAACAUGGUCAACAUCAAGUAUGAACGUGUGAAACAGACGACCGAUCAAGAAGGUGCGCCAGAGGAAGAAAUCGAGCUGGAAACGAAUCGGCGAAGCAGUUCCGACCAUCGAGGCCAAGAUGCAUUGCAGUACCACCAAAGCAGCACGCACCACUCCGGUUACGGGCACCGAACCAGUCAGUACAUCGUCGCAACGGCGCCCGGCAGCAAUAAGCCCUACGGCGAUGGUGAUGUGCGCACCAAGACGAAAAAUGCAUUCGCCAACCGGAUCGUCGUAACGCUCGUGCUGAUCGUUUGCUACUUUUCACUUUCGAUCGGGCUUACCUUCUACCAGCGGCAUCUGCUGCAGCACUUUAAGCUACCACUGUUUGUGGUACUGUACCAUUUGGUGAUUAAGCUGAUGCUGUCGGCAGUCGUCCGGGCCGUGCUGCGGUGCGUUACGAGAAAACCACGCAUCUUGCUCGAUUGGCGAACGUCCGUGCGAAAAAUUCUGCCCACCGGGUUAGCCAGCGGGAUCGAUAUUAGCUUCUCCAACUGGGGUCUGGAACUGGUGAAAAUAUCGCUGUACACGAUGACCAAAUCGACAACCAUUGUCUUCAUAUUGAUAUUUGCCAUACUGUUGAAGCUGGAGAAGAAGAGCUGGUCUUUGGGGGCCAUCGUCGUCAUGAUCUCGGGAGGUCUGUUUAUGUUCACGUACAAAUCGACCCAGUUCGAUGCACUCGGCUUUUCCUUCCUGCUAUUUGCAUCCCUUUCGAGCGGUAUCCGCUGGACGUUUGCACAACUGAUCAUGCAAAAGUCGAAGCUCGGUCUGCACAAUCCGAUCGAUAUGAUAUUCCACAUGCAACCGUGGAUGAUACUGUCCGUACUGCCGUUCACGAUCGGGUUUGAAGGACGCAAACUGGUGGAAGGUUUCCAUAUGGUGCAGCAGCUGCCAUCGAACAUUGUGGUCGACAUGUGGGCGAAAAUUUCCAUCGGUGCGUUCAUAGCGUUCGCCAUGGAGGUGAGCGAAUUUAUGGUGCUCACCAACACCUCUAGUCUCACGCUGUCCGUAGCGGGCAUAUUUAAGGAAAUUUGUCAACUGGUGCUUGCCGUCGAGCUGAACGACGAGCAUCUCAGCAUGGUGAACGUGCUCGGUUUGGUCAUGUGUCUGGGCGGCAUCUGCUGCCACGUGGUACACAAAUUCUUAACGUACCGCGACGAAUCGUCCAAAUCUUCACUAUCGGAUAAGUCGACCGGCGGGUACAUCGAGGAUCACGACGACGAGGACGACGAUAUGCACCCGGCCGGUGUGCUGGGUAGUAGUAAAAAUGGCGUUCUUAAGUUUGGCAACGGUGGCACAGGUGGUAGCGUCGGUGGAGGAGUAGGAGGAGGAGGUGGUGGUGGUGGUGCCGGUAGUGCUCGAUACAAAGGUGGCCAGUACAGACCGCUGCUAGUCAAUGAGGCGGACGAUUCGGACCAUCUGGUGGUGGAGAACCGGAACUACCUGUCGGACGAUAGUGAGCAGGAGGAGAACGGUACGCAGGACGUACUGUUCGACAUACUUAAGCGCCGCGAGCGAUAGUCAUUCCAGGCGGGCAAGGGCGUAGCACCUUUUUCCGAACCUUUACGCUAACCAGGCCACAGAUAGGAUGUACUGCGCCCACCGGUGUUUGGGAGGGUAGAAUGUUGUUGAGAUGUAUGUUUUUGUUUUUGAUUCGUUGUUAUUCGCCGUAAGCUAAUAUUACUUCUGCCCAAGAGCUGAUGUGCGCUGCUCGGUGCGCUGGGUCCGAGCUCUGUCCAGUGAUCCUGGUGCCGAGUAGCGACCAUUGCUGUUCCUAGCAGAUACGAAUUAUUCCAGUCAACUUUGCAUUACAUAAAUGUACAUAUACUUAAAGUUUUUUUUUGUUUUGAAGCUAAUGCAUUUCGCAUCUUUGGUUUGAAGUAUGCGCUUUUUCUAUGCCAUAUACAAACAGCGGGUAUAGAAGAGAGCCGAUUUUAAACACCAUUUUUAUUAACGCUUGUGGGGCGCCGUAUGUGGCAUUUAAGGAGUAUAGAAAAACAAAAAGGUUAAACAGUAUGUGAUGUUUUGUUUUUAAAGUUAGCCAACAUUGUGUGUAAGAUUUUGAGUUAGAACAAAAAGGUUUACUUGAACUGACUGAUGCGCUUAUGACGCGUACCGUACACACUUUGUGAACACUACCUACUGCUUACUUACCUGAUUUUCUACUACUGUUACUAUCUUAGCCAAAACGGAAAAUUUUACCCAGUUUAGUCGAUUUACUACUUCCAUUAUAUUCGCCAGACAAGAAUAACACCCCGCCGGUUGCAUUGUUGUUGAGAUAAAGUUAUAUUUUUAAUCCGGAUACACAAACAUAUACACCACUUACCUCCAGUACGACCAGACUUAAAUGAAGCAAAAAAACAUGUGUAAAGAUUGAAGAUAGUAACCAUUUCCUGUACGAGUAGGAAAUUUUUAACAUGAAGGUUUUUAUUGUUUCCCGUUUUUUUAAAUCGUAAAUUAUAGGAAAAAUAAUCGAUGUGACAGAGAAAACGGAUUUAGCACAAGUUUGUUGGGCUUUAGCUUAAUUCGUGGUAGUUCACUGUAGAUGGCGCAGCAACUGUCACCGUGGUUUGACAGCUUAAGGAGUACACAGGCAUAAAAAACCUUCUUAGUACAAUGAAAGGGAUAUUAACGGAUUCACACAGAAAAAUUAUAACAUUACGUACUACGAGCUUCACCUUAGCACGAUACAAUUAUGACCGGAAACUUAAAUUUAGAGCAUUUUAAAACCAUUUAGAGCAUUUUUCUACAGCAUCAGAAAACGAAUGCCACGAAUUAAGCUAAGGCUAACUAGCGAACAAAACCAAAACAAAUCAUCUUAUAUCCUUGCGUGUUUGUGUGAGUGUGUGUGUGUGUGUAUGUACACCGUUGUGAUCAGCAAAUAGGAGAAAACUUAACGAAAAUAAUAAAAAAGGAAUCGAUCAAUCACAACCAUA